AUGCAUGUUCUCAUUUGCCCUCUCCGUCCUGUGGAACGUUUCCGUGACUUGCAUCCUGAGGAAGUGGCUGAUUUAUUUCGCACAACACAAGCAGUUGGCAAUGUAGUGGAGCAACAUUUUGGAGGAACUUCACUCACCAUUUCGGUUCAGGAUGGUCCUGAAGCUGGACAGACUGUGAAGCACGUUCAUGUCCAUGUACUUCCAAGGAAGCCAGGUGAUUUUGACAGAAAUGACAACAUCUACGAUGAGCUUCAGCAUCAUGACAAAGAGGCAGAAGAUUCCCCCACCAAAUGGAGAUCUGAGGAAGAAAUGGCAAUUGAAGCUGCAAUCCUCAAGACAUAUUUUCAGUGAAUGAAGAGGAGCAACACAAUCUUUUCAAUUAGUUCUGAAGCGGGAGUAGUGGAGAAGAGCCUCUUUUGUUCCCAGCUAACCUAGAAUUGAAAUGAUGGAGGAUGACAACACAUUCAAUAAAGUUACUGGAUAAAACAAAAAAUGUUUUUAUCAGUCAGAGUCUUACUUAGGUUAAGAGGCUUCUUAGCUUUGGUUUCAUUAAAGUUAUUUGAAUUUGGGGUGUGUGUGUAUGUAUGUGUGAAUAAAUAUUUCU